CCGAGUUAAAUGCACGGUCUGCGGGCUCCUGCGAGUGGCGUCUUUGCUGACCUGUGCUUUGCUUUUACACGUGCUUUUUGCCCAAAGAGCUUGAAGGAUACACUUGUACUCAUUGUUUCCGGAGGAUUUAGUUCCUAAUGGACGAAAACAACGUACAGUGUGAAAAUGUGGCAGAUAAGAAUUUGGAAGAAGUGGCCAACACAGUAAUUAAGUUUAAGCCUCCGUUAUACAGACAGCGUUACCAGUUCGUCAAAGACUUGGUGACUCGAUAUGAACCCAAGAAGGUUGCCGACUUGGGUUGUGGCGACACUUCGCUUCUAUGGAUGCUGAAAUUCCACAAGUGCAUCGAACUGCUUGUCGGAGUAGAUAUCAAUGAGGAGAAGUUGCAGCGGAAAAAGUAUAAGUUGUCUCCCCUGAUCGGAGACUACCUGAAGCCCAGGGAGAAGACGUUGACGGUCACCUUGUAUCAUGGUUCUGCUGUGGAGAGAGAUGCUCGUUUGCUCGCAUUUGACUUGAUAGCAUGUGUUGAAUUAAUAGAGCAUCUGGAGUCGGAAGACCUGGCCAGAUUCCCUGCAGUGGUGUUUGGGUUCAUGUCUCCAGCCAUGGUCGUCAUCAGCACGCCGAACUCCGAAUUCAACCCGCUUUUCCCAGCCGUGACCUUGAGGGACUCUGACCACAAAUUCGAGUGGAACAGAAGGCAGUUUCAGACCUGGGCUCUGGAGGUGGCGCAUCGCUACGGUUACUCCGUGAAUUUCACCGGUGUCGGAGAGCCUCCUGAUGGAUGUGAGCAUGUUGGCUACUGCACCCAGAUAGGCAUCUUCAGGAAAAGCCUCACGAAGGAGGCCGAGCUUUGCAUCCCGGAGCAGCAGGAGGAACAUGCUUAUGACGUCGUUUAUACCACCACCUACCCGAGUUUGCAGCAGCCGAAGUACCGCCAGUAUGCCGUGGUCAAUGAAGUGGUCUCCCAGGUCGACAACAUGCGGAGGGAUCUGCUGGAGAGCCUGAAGCCGCAGGACAACCGGGACUUCAUGGGGCUGCCCCAGGACACCGGCCGCCCAGGGCCUCCCGUCCAGUGUUUCCCCUCUGUCCUCGCGCAGUUAACAGCCAGCCUAGAGAAGACGCCCAAGCCCUUUUGUGUGGGGAAUGUGUUCUAUGUGCCCCUGGAAAGACUCUUCUCCCUGCCCAAAGUGAAGCACCUGUGCAUCAACAUAGAGAUGCUGAGAACGCUGCUCGCCGACGCGGUGAUGCUCAACAGCGACGGCUCCGCAGUGAUGGUCGCCAUGCAGGAGCAGGACCAGGAUGAGUGAGCGUCCAGGCUCCUCGAAUGCUGGGCCCAGCUGUUGGGCUCACAGGUUCCGUCUUCUGUGAGUGUGUGCGUAGUCAACAUUGAGGCAGCUCUCUCUCUUGAGUACGAAGUUCUCCCAACACCACUGGCCGCCGGCGCUGGACUUCUGUGCAGCCAGGCUGUUUGCUGUCCCCCUGAACAAGAUGUUCAGGUGGACCCCCAAAUGGUGUACUUUUCUUUGUCAUUUAGAUGUUUCCUCCAUGUUUCCUCAAGAAUGAAGAAAGUGGACGUGGUAAUAGCUUACGGACCGUUAAUUUAGAAUUUAUCUACUGAACCCUGGUUUGGGGGUUUGUUUUUUAUAUGCUUUUUUGGGAGGACAGGGUAGGAAGUUCAUAAUGUGUGCGUUCAUUGGCAUAUUUUUUGUUACAACCAUAUGCAUAAUGUGACAUUAAAUACUUGAA